GUGGGAGCAGCGGGAGCUGCCGAAUGGCAGAGUCUACUAUGUAGACCACAACAACAAGACCACGACGUGGGAGAGACCCCUUCCUCCAGGGUGGGAGAAGCGCGUGGAUCCUCGGGGCAGGUACUACUACGUGGACCACAACACCCGCACCACCACGUGGCAGCGCCCCACGGCCGAGUACGUCCGCAACUACGAGCAGUGGCAGUCGCAGCGCAACCAGCUGCAAGGGGCCAUGCAGCACUUCAGCCAGAGGUUCCUGUACCAGUCCUCCGGAGCCCCGUCCGACAAUGAUCCUCUGGGGCCCCUUCCUCCCGGCUGGGAGAAGAGACAGGACAAUGGGCGAGUGUAUUACGUGAACCACAACACCCGGACCACACAGUGGGAGGACCCUCGCACGCAGGGGAUGAUCCAGGAGCCGCCGCUGCCGCCGGGCUGGGAGAUGAAGUACACGAACGAGAGCGUGCGCUACUUCGUGGACCACAACACCCGCACCACCACCUUCAAGGACCCGCGCCCGGGCUUCGAGUCGGGGAGCAAGCACGGCGGCUCCCCGGGCGCCUACGACCGGAGCUUUCGCUGGAAGUACCACCAGUUCCGCUUCCUCUGCCACUCAAACGCGCUGCCCAGCCAUGUGAAGAUCAGCGUGUCUCGGCAGACGCUCUUCGAGGACUCCUUCCAGCAGAUCAUGAACAUGAAGCCGUACGACCUGCGGCGCCGGCUGUACAUCAUCAUGCGUGGGGAGGAGGGUCUGGACUACGGUGGCAUCGCCAGGGAGUGGUUCUUCCUUCUGUCCCACGAGGUGCUCAACCCCAUGUACUGCCUCUUCGAGUAUGCAGGCAAGAACAACUACUGCCUGCAGAUCAACCCUGCCUCCUCCAUCAACCCCGACCACCUCACCUACUUCCGCUUCAUCGGCCGCUUCAUCGCCAUGGCUCUGUACCACGGGAAGUUCAUCGAUACCGGCUUCACGCUGCCCUUCUACAAACGGAUGCUGAACAAGCGCCCGACGCUCAAGGACCUGGAGUCCAUUGACCCCGAGUUCUACAACUCCAUCGUGUGGACCAAGGAGAACAGCCUGGAGGAGUGCGGCCUGGAGCUGUACUUCAUCCAGGACAUGGAGAUCCUGGGCAAGGUGACCACCCACGAGCUGAAGGAGGGCGGUGAGAGCAUCCGUGUGACGGAGGAGAACAAGGAGGAGUACAUCAUGCUGCUGACGGACUGGAGGUUCACUCGGGGUGUGGAGGAGCAGACCAAGGCCUUCCUGGACGGCUUCAACGAGGUGGUGCCGCUGGAGUGGCUGCGCUACUUCGACGAGAAGGAGCUGGAGCUGAUGCUGUGCGGGAUGCAGGAGAUCGACAUGAACGACUGGCAGAAAAAUACCAUCUACAGGCACUACACCAAGAACAGCAAACAGAUCCAGUGGUUCUGGCAGGUGGUUAAGGAGAUGGACAACGAGAAGAGGAUCCGGCUGCUGCAGUUCGUGACGGGGACCUGCCGCCUGCCCGUCGGGGGCUUUGCUGAGCUCAUUGGCAGCAACGGGCCCCAGAAAUUCUGCAUCGAUAAAGUUGGCAAAGAGACGUGGCUGCCUCGGAGUCACACGUGCUUCAACCGCCUGGAUCUCCCUCCCUACAAGAGCUAUGAACAGCUGAAGGAGAAGCUGCUUUACGCCAUCGAGGAGACGGAAGGCUUUGGACAGGAGUGAUGGAGCUGUGGGGCGUUCCCGGAGCGCUGCCGGCCGGUGCCCAGGGCCCAGCCCUGCCCGGGGUGUGCUCCCUAUGGACACUGUGGCUUCUGCUCCUGGGCGAGCUCUGCGCUGACACGGCCCCGGGGGAACGGGGCUGUGUUUCCCUCCCUAAGGAAAUCCGAGCUGUGAUGGAGAGGAGGACACGAGGGCUUGGCUUGCACGGGCUGGCGCAGAGGGGCAGCACAGGGGGCACUGGGGCUCCCCAGCCCUCUCCAAGGCACAGUUAUGUGUUUGGUAGAUGCUCUUCUUCCCCCUCGUGUUUUCUGCCUUUUCAUGGCAUUUUGGUAGUGGCAGGUGAGGGGGAAAUGGCUCUCAGAUUGACUUCUGGGCCCCAUCCUGCAGCCAGCAUUCAGCAACAGUGACAGGGACCCCCAAGACGAUGCUUCUGAGGGGCUCUUGUGCUCCAUCUGAGCGCCAGGACAGCCCCUUGCUAGGCCAGAUCCGCGGCCUCUGGAGCCAGAGCCUGGCUGAGCGUGUCCCUGGCGUGUCCCCACGUGCAGCCCGUGGCCCCUGGGCAGUUGUAUUUAAAUGAUGUGGUUUCUGCUCGGAGCUGGUGCUCCACAGCGGCCCCGGGGGCUCCGGGCACUGCUGGGGCCCUGCCGGCCUUUGCUCGAUCCUGGGCUCUGCCCACGCUCCUGUGUCCCCUCUGCAGCGAGGAGGGCAGGAUCACCUGGCUGUCACUUGUGUCCCUCCCCGUGUGUGCGGGUGACAGACCCGGCGUGGCUGUGUCCGUGUGUCCGGGGGCUGUGGGGACGGGACCUGCACCGGCUCCGGGCUGGGAACGGCCGGUCCCGCACGGCCCCGCGCGGCUUCGUGUGCAAUAAACGACAAAGCAGCUGCCGAGGUG